AGAGAGAGAGAGAGAGAGCUGUGCGCGUUCAGGCAGGACAGGAGGGCGCGCAGGACAUCAGCACACCGGCCGGGUCAAGGAGCUGCAAGGAUGGAGAUCCGACCAGACAGGUUUAAGGCGGUCGCGGGCAAAACUCUGGGGAAAAUUCACAGGCUGAUUGAGAAACGGCAGCCGAAUGGAGAAACCAUUGAGUUGUCAGCGGAGGGUCGUCCUGAGCUGGUGGAGGAGAAGGAGCUGCCGGUGGUGGACUGUACCUGCUUCGGUUUGCCCAGGAGGUACAUCAUCGCCAUCCUGUCUGGCCUUGGCUUCUGCAUCUCCUUCGGUAUUCGAUGCAACCUGGGGGUGGCCAUCGUAAGCAUGGUCAAUGACCACACUGUCUACAAAGGCAACAAGGAAGUGCUGGUGGCUGCACAGUUCACCUGGGACCCUGAGACGGUGGGGAUGAUCCAUGGCUCCUUCUUCUGGGGCUACAUCGUCACACAGAUCCCGGGUGGCUUUAUAUGUCAAAAAUUUGCCGCCAACAGAGUAUUUGGUUUCGCCAUAGUGGCCACAUCCACGCUCAACAUGCUGAUUCCAUCUGCCGCUCGCUGCCAUUACAGCUGCGUCAUACUUGUCAGGAUAUGCCAGGGUCUUGUCGAGGGUGUUUCAUACCCAGCCUGCCAUGGGAUCUGGGCAAAGUGGGCGCCUCCUCUUGAGAGAAGUCGAUUAGCCACAACGGCCUUUUGUGGAUCCUAUGCAGGGGCAGUGGUGGCGAUGCCUUUAGCUGGGAUACUGGUGCAAUACACUGGGUGGCCUUCAGUAUUUUAUGUUUAUGGCAGCUUUGGGAUAUUCUGGUAUUUGUUCUGGAUUCUGGUGUCGUACGAGAGUCCUGCAGCUCAUCCCACCAUCACACCAGAGGAGAGGAAAUACAUCGAAGAGGCAAUUGGAGAGUCUGCAACGUUUCUCAAUCCUCUCCAAAAAUUUAAAACCCCGUGGAGACAGUUCUUCACUUCGAUGCCAGUGUAUGCCAUCAUCGUGGCCAACUUCUGCAGGAGCUGGACUUUCUAUCUACUGCUCAUCAGCCAGCCGGCCUACUUUGAGGAAGUGUUUGGCUUUGAGAUCAGCAAGGUGGGGAUGGUCUCAGCUUUGCCCCAUCUGGUCAUGACGAUCAUCGUGCCUGUUGGCGGCCAGUUGGCAGACUACCUGAGAACCCACAACCUGAUGUCCACCACCAAUGUCAGGAAGCUCAUGAACUGUGGAGGUUUCGGGAUGGAGGCCACCCUGCUGCUGGUGGUUGGAUACUCUCACACUAAAGGCAUCGCCAUUUCUUUCCUGGUUCUCGCUGUGGGUUUUAGCGGGUUUGCUAUUUCAGGGUUUAACGUGAAUCACUUGGAUAUCGCCCCUCGAUACGCCAGCAUACUAAUGGGAAUUUCAAACGGAGUGGGAACAUUAUCUGGAAUGGUGUGUCCUCUCAUAGUGGGAGCCAUGACCAAACACAAGACACGUGAGGAGUGGCAGGGCGUCUUCCUCAUAGCUUCCCUUGUUCAUUAUGGAGGAGUGAUCUUCUAUGGACUCUUUGCAUCAGGAGAGAAGCAGCCAUGGGCAGACAUAGAGGACACGAGUGAGGAGAAGUGCGGUAUAAUCGAUGAGGAUGAACUGGCCAAUGAGACAGAGGAGCUUUACCGUGGAGGCGGGCAGUACGGCGCUAUGAGCCAACAGGCGGUCGGGUCCAACGGAGGAGGAGGAGCCGGGGCAGGAUGGGUGACAGACUGGGAUAAGUCUGAGGAGUACGUGCAGCCUCCUGGAUACAACUCCUACAUGUAUGGAGGAGAAGAGGAGAAGACGCUGACAUAGACGACUGACAUGACACAAAAAAAUAACACGAAAAAGAAAAGGGGAAGAUUGUUUUUGGAAAGGGAUUGUAGAGGAGUCACUGCUGUAUUUAAAGGACCUGCUGUGUGCAUUUACAAUUUGCACAUGUCAAAAGUAUGGAUCUGGUUCAUUCCAUUGUGUGCGUGUCCGUGUGUGUGUGUGUGUGUGUGUGUGUGUGUGUAGCCAUGCGCAUGCAGGUGUUGGAGUUAUUCACAUACAUGAACACACAUUGUAUUUAUCUGCAAAAUCUGAACUCAUCGCCCAGAUUUCCUUCCUGCUCCUGAGCUAGUUGUGAUUGGUCAGGAGUUCUGUUUCCACAUCACUGAGGAGAGUGCAUGUGUGUGUGUUGUGUGUGUGCGUGCAUGUGUGUGUGUGUGUGUGUAUGUGUCUGUCUGUCUGUCUGUCUGUGUGGGGAACUUUUGCCUGAACAGCAACUUGCUCAAGCCACUGGCAUUGUGUUGUAUUUAAAUUUUUAUGUGAGCCAUGCAGGUAGUUUUUUUUUUGUUUUUUUUUUGCUGGAAAAGCAGGUUUGGAGCUUCAGUUUUAACACUUAAGCCCUCAGACUGAGUCAAAAUCAUACUGAUUGUGUGAUACAAGACACACAAAGUGAAAAUUUGUGUGUUUUUAUGAGUGUAGCCACUAAUGGACAGUUUUAUCCAGAUGCAAGAGAAGACGUGCAUCACUAAAGUUUGUUUGCAUGUGGUGGUCAGCGUGGGUGCAUUUUUGUCGUGAGAAUCGAUCAUGUGAGGUAAAAAAGGUGCUUAGAUGUUGUGUCAGUCUUCUGUUAAAGAGACCUCCCAUUCAUGUGAGUGUGCAAAGGCGUGUGCUUGACUCUGAACACAAAGCUGCAUGUGGCGUCUCACUGAAUCUCACCUGGGUCUGACCGAACUAGGUCACGUUCAGCCAGGAUCAUGGGUCACAACAUGCCCAUCAUGAGUCAUCAUCUGACACUUGUGACUUUCCACUUGGCAUCCCAUCAGAGAGGUGGCCCAGGGGGACAAGUAGAGUGUGAUGCUUUGCUGUUCCACACUUUAACCAGCGCGGAUCAAUAGUUGAAAUAUUUCCAGGCCACACACCACAAGCUGGUCCAUUCAUGCCUUUUACUGUCUUCAACCCCUGUUGCUGCUGUUUCUGUGUCUUUAGUAGCUACAUGAAAUAUCCGUCAUGUCGCAGUUUGUGGAGCUUUUCAGACUUUCUGUGUGCGUGUGUGUGACGGCACAUGCUCCGUUGUGUUGGGUGCAGGUGCUGAAACAUUGUGCGGUGAGCAUGUUUUAAUGAGCAGAGCGCCGCAGUAGCUCGCCAGCCCUUUUUUUCUUUUACACACAAACACGGUGCAGAUUUCAUGCGAGCACAGUCAAGUGCACAGUGUGCAGAGGGAGCAGUGACACACUAUUUGGCAUUUACGUGGUUGUAACAGUGAAGGUUUGCACAUGGGUGGGAUUAGCAGGAAUUUCUUAAGAGAUAUUAUCAGAGGAUGUUUUGAUUUUUGUAAGAAUCAUGGCCAAUCACAUCAGCUCCUUAAGACACUGGUGGCAGCUGGGAAAUGGAGCUUUUCUUGAGAGAGCACUCAAAAAGGAGAGGUUCUAUUGCAUUGUGCAGGUUGCACUGUGCAACUCUUUACACCUGCACAUACAGAACAUAGAGCCGACAGACUCCAACAAGAAACUUGCACACACACACACACACACACACACACACACACACACACACACACACACACACACACACACACACACACACACACACAUACAACUCCUGCAUUGCACAUCUACUCACAGGUCAUGCCAACACACAGUCAUUUAUUUUUAACUUUAAAAGGACAUUUAGAGAUGGCUCUCUUUCAGAUCACAUUUGUGAGAAGAAAUUUACUGUUGGAAUGUUAAAGGGAUGUAUUUGAUCCAAACGAGGGUUUAAAGGUAAAAUGUGUCAAAGUAUUUUAAAAAGUGAAUACAGCAAAUUACCAGUUUGCAUUGUCUUAAAGACAUGAAUGAUUAUUCCUGUGAUCAAUUUCAUUUUUAAGUGUUGUAUCAGUGUAACUUUAAACAAGUUUCUUCUUUGUCUCAGUUUAUGGCUGUUCCAAUGUUGUCCUCCUCCCUCUUGAUGAAAUGUGUGGUCACCUGCUGGGAAUCAUGUAAAAAAAAAAAAAACUUUUAAAAAAGAGGAAAUUAUCUUAUUUAAACAUGGAAAUAUGUGGAAGGUAUUUUGUGUAUAAAAAAUGUACAUGUGAGAUAACCUUAUGUAUAAUAAAAUUUAUGUAAUUUAA